UUGUUUUGGAGUACUACUUACAGCGGCUCCGCUUCCAGAAACUACGACUACUACUGCUGGUUUUCUUUUUCCCCAAGAGAGAGACAGACGGACAGACAAAGCAAAACCGCUCACUUCCAACGCCUUUAAAUCAAACCUCCACUCUUUCCUUCAUUCUCACAAAUCCACAUUCCUCUCUCUAACAACCUUCAAUACCCACUUCUGUUUCUCUCUCUAGACUCAUGGGUUCUGCUGAUAAGAAGAUUAAGAUCGGAAUCAACGGUUUUGGAAGGAUUGGUCGCUUGGUAGCCAGGGUAGCUCUCCAGAGGAACGAUGUUGAACUUGUUGCUGUCAAUGAUCCCUUUAUCACCACUGAUUACAUGACAUACAUGUUCAAGUACGAUAGUGUUCAUGGCCAGUGGAAGCAUCACGAUGUCAAGGUGAAGGACUCAAAGACCAUCCUCUUUGAUGAGAAACCAGUCACUGUGUUCGGCCUCAGGAACCCUGAAGAAAUUCCGUGGAGCGAAACUGGGGCUGAGUUUGUUGUUGAGUCUGCUGGAGUUUUCACAGACAAGGAAAAGGCUGCUGCCCACCUGAAGGGUGGGGCGAAGAAGGUGGUCAUUUCUGCCCCGAGUAAGGAUGCUCCUAUGUUCGUUAUGGGGGUUAAUGAGAAGGAUUACAAGCCCGAUAUGGACAUUGUCUCAAAUGCUAGCUGCACUACCAACUGUCUAGCUCCUCUGGCCAAGGUUAUUAAUGAUAGGUUUGGCAUUGUUGAGGGUCUUAUGACCACUGUUCACUCGAUUACUGCCACUCAGAAGACUGUUGAUGGGCCAUCAAGCAAGGACUGGAGGGGUGGAAGAGCUGCUUCCUUUAACAUUAUCCCCAGCAGCACUGGAGCCGCUAAGGCAGUUGGAAAAGUUCUGCCAGCACUGAAUGGUAAGCUGACUGGAAUGGCCUUUCGAGUUCCGACUGUCAAUGUUUCAGUUGUGGACCUCACCGUUAGGCUUGAGAAGGGGGCUUCUUACCAGGAAAUCAAAGAUUGUAUCAAGGAGGAAUCGGAGGGGAAACUCAAGGGGAUUUUGGGGUAUACUGAAGAUGAUGUGGUCUCGACAGAUCUCAUUGGUGACAGCAGGUCAAGCAUCUUUGAUGCCAAGGCUGGGAUUGCCUUGAAUGACCAUUUUGUGAAACUCGUCUCUUGGUAUGACAAUGAAUGGGGCUACAGUUCACGGGUGAUCGACUUGAUCGUACACAUGGCUUCCGUUCAAGCUUGAUUAGUAUCACCUCAGAUGAUGCAUAGAACUAGAAGUUUUGCUCGUGUUGAUGGGUAGUUUUUGGGUCUCUUGAGGUUGGUAGUUCUGAAUAAACAUCAGGUCUUCUGUACUUAAGUUGUUGACUAUGUCUGGGUCUUAAGUUGUUGAACACCGUCCUUGUUUUUUAUGUUGACUCAUGGAGUCUUCCUGGGUUUUUCCUUGUUGCUCUGUUUCCUGAGUAUAAUUAGUGGAAUAUUUUCUAGAAUA